UAGUAACUACGCAAGUGCGCACUGUAAAGGAAGCUGCAGUGUUCCAGCCCCCUCCUCACACCAAUGUUUAUCUGCUUUGUCAGCUUGUCUUCAAUCUUGCGCAAACUCUGGACUUCGAGCCCGAAUCUUCUUAUCUUCAGCUUUCUUAUCGCGUCGCGAGUCGCUCUUCUCUGACCAGCCCCUUUCGGACCUUGAGCCGACCAAACUCGCUCCAGACUACUUUCUUUUCUUUUUUAAAGAUCUCCCCUCCCCUUUUAAACAGUGAACCAUGACAUUAAAUUCCAAUAAAAACGAGCCGGCUGUCAUUUUGGAGCGGGUGAACAGCGCGCGAACGGCUCUCUCAGACCUCUAUCUGGAACAGCUGCUGCAGAAUAAACCCAAGUCAGAAAAGGCCGCCAUGCAGACAUAUGAAUGCAAAGGGCAGGAGGUUUUCUCCAAUGGCAGUGCCGGACAUACGAACGGCAGAGAUGCGACCAGGAUGAGGGAAGUCGCCUUUGAGAAGAACCCGUCUGAACCCCUGGGAGUAACUUUAAAGCUGAAUGAGAAGCAGAGGUGUACAGUGGCCAGAAUACUGCACGGAGGAAUGAUACACAGACAAGGUUCUUUACAUGAAGGAGAUGAGAUUGCAGAAAUCAAUGGGACAAGUGUUGCUAAUCAAAGUGUAGACCAGCUGCAGAAGAUUCUGAAAGACACAAACGGUGUCGUCACACUGAAAAUCAUCUCCAACCAGCAAAGUCGCCCAAUGGCAUGUGAGAUGUAUAUGAGAGCACAGUUCGACUAUGACCCAGCCAAAGAUGAGCUCAUCCCGUGUAAAGAAGCGGGCCUGAAGUUCCAGACGGGCGAUAUUAUUCAUAUCAUCAACAAGAAGGAUCCCAACUGGUGGCAGGGGAAGGUGGACAGUUCCUCCACAGACUUCGCUGGACUCAUCCCUUCUCCAGAACUGCAGGAGUGGCGAGUAGCAAGCAAAAGCAAAGCAACACGGGAAGCUGGACAGUCCUGCAGUCCUUUUGGCAAGAAGAAGAAAUGCAAAGACAAAUACCUCGCCAAACACAGCUCAAUCUUUGACCAGCUUGAUGUCAUAUCUUAUGAAGAGGUGGUGAGACUUCCAGCAUUCAACAGAAAAACCCUGGUUCUCAUCGGCGCACAUGGAGUUGGAAGGAGUCUUAUUAAAAACUCACUGCUGAGCAAAUAUCCUGAGAAGUUUGCUUAUCCAGCACCACACACAACUAGAGCUCAGAAGAAGGACGAGGAAAACGGCAAGGAAUAUUACUUUAUCUCCAACGACGAGAUGACUAAAGGUAUUGUGGGGAACGAGCUGCUGGAGUACGGCAGCUAUCAGGGACACAUGUUCGGCACAAAGAUCGAAACCAUCCACAAGAUCCACGAGCAGGGCAAGAUCGCAGUGCUGGAUGUCGAACCACAGACGCUGAAAGUGCUCAGAACGGCAGAGUUUGCUCCUCUCGUGAUCUUCAUCGCUCCCACUAACACCGGCAAUCAGUCAGAGGCGGUGCAGAACAUCCAGAAAGAGUCGGACAGCCUCCUCUCUGCGUACCGACACUUUUUCGACGAAAUCCUGGUGAAUAACGACGUGGACGAGAGCGUGAAGGGGGUCGAGGAAGCCAUCGAGAGAGCGUCCUCAAGCCCACAGUGGGUGCCCAUCUCCUGGGUUUACUGAAACACACACACGCACACACACACUCGCAAAACACACAUACUCACACUCGCCGUCAGGACGGUUUGCACAUCAGCGAACGGUUUAUAGAAUGUCUGCGAUAAAGAAAGAAAAGCAAUAAGUUUGUUCCUUUUGUUGAAUGAUUGUGAAACUGCAGAGCGUUAUAUCCGUACCAGGACAGUAUAUAGCAUUAAGCGAUGACAUUGUUAGCGAUGCAAAAAGGACCUCUACUGUGAUCCAAUCUGCCCUCUAAUGGCAAAGUGUGGUAACUACAAGUUUGCUCAAAACAUUUCAUUUCGCAUCCUCAAGUUAUGUCCCGUAUCAUAGAAAAUAAACCACUAAUCUCUGGCUUGACUGGCUGUAAACGUAAUUAUUUAAGGGACCGUUCACUUGAAUCAUUUACCUAUUAUUUACUCGUCCUCCUGUUAUUCCAAACCUGUUUGAGUUUCUUCUGUUGAACACAAAGGAAGAUAUAGGGGGGAAUAAACAGCCAUUGACUUGCAUAGUAUUUCAAGAGUUCCCACUUGGCGUUAAUAGCAGGUUUGGCAUUCUGUCCCGGGAGAGAACCCUGAGCUCGGAGAUACUUGAGGGCAAAGUCAAUAAGCAUAUAAGGGGAUCUGAGAUCAGGUAGGUCUCGAGAGCUCCCCUUUAGAAAAGGGAGGAAAAGGAGGAGAUGGGGUGGAAGGGGGGAUUCUUCCAAAACGAAGAAAGAGCAGUAGGGGGAAAACGAUCCAUUUAUAGUAAACUAGGAUCACUCUGAUUGGAUUAUUAGUGAUUACAGAUGAGCAGCCAGGCGUGCUCAAUCAUAUCACGUGCUCUUCUCGAAAUUAGUUUAUGAAACUUGAUUUCUUGUUCCUACUACUGAUAUCAGUGGCUGCUUUAUUCCAACGUUCCUUAAAAAACUAUUGUGUUCAACAAGAAAGAAAGCCAUUAAAGUUUAGAACCACUUGAGUGUGAGUAAACAUUGAGGAAAUUUUAUGUGUACUGUCCCUUUAAGGUGUUUGCGUAGUUGCUGCUCUUUGCUUUUGCAGGGUGGCAUCAUUAAAUCCCUGCUGUUUCAGUGUUUUUGAGCCAUGUGCCAUGGUAUUCUUCUGCAUAUAAACAAAAAACAUGUUAAAAAACACAGGGAAAUCAUAUCAGUGUGUAUUUGAAAGCAGGUUUGUCUUGAAAUGUCUCUCUUAUAAUGAUGUCUGAAUUUACCUCAAGUCAUAAUGUAAGGCACUUUUGAAAGAACUAAAUAAACGUCUCUCUACACUCCA